AGGGUGGGUUGGUUUCUUUAGUUCAGUGGGCUCGUUUCUGCUGCUGAUUUGUAUCUGGCUUUGACUUCUCGAGCUUCAAAAUAGUGGUAUAAUAUUGCGUCAAACAAAUUUAAGAAUUUAACACUUUCGUUUCGACGCAUUCUUCCUUGAUCUGAGACUUGGAGAACUCAAUUCCUUUCUAGAAAUCUGCAAUAUCUGUUGGUACUCGCCGGUCCUGGCAAGUUUCCAACUUUCUCCCACCAUUUUUCUUCGUUUCUGUUGACUUUUAGUUGCUCGAUCAAGGGUUUUUUAUAUUGUCUAUCCCGCCAUUUUUCUGGGGGUUUUCUUUUUUGAGGUCUCCUCAGUUUCCAGCUUUGAUUUUGGUUGUUGGAGCAGGAGGGCUUCUCGGGUUGUCGUUCGAGAAUCAAGUGCCUUUUUCUUUGUUGAGUAAUGGCGAACAUCGACAUCGAGGGGAUCUUGAAAGAACUGCCCAAUGAUGGCCGAAUCCCCAAGACGAAGAUCGUGUGUACGCUGGGUCCGGCUUCUCGAUCCGUGCAUAUGAUCGAGAAGCUUCUCAGAGCCGGAAUGAAUGUUGCCAGGUUCAAUUUCUCGCACGGGACCCAUGAAUAUCAUCAGGAGACAUUGAACAAUCUCAGGACCGCUAUGCAGAACACUCAGAUCUUGUGUGCUGUCAUGCUUGACACUAAGGGACCUGAAAUCCGAACUGGAUUCCUAAAGGAUGGAAAACCUAUUCAACUCAAGGAGGGUCAGGAAAUUACAGUAACUACUGACUACACCAUCAAAGGGGACACAGAGAUGAUCUCUAUGAGCUACAAAAAGCUUGCUGUGGACUUGAAGCCUGGUAACAUCAUCCUAUGUGCAGAUGGAACCAUCACCCUUAAUGUCUUAUCUUGUGACCCUGCUGCUGGAACCGUGAGAUGCCGCUGUGAGAAUACUGCCAUGUUAGGCGAGAGAAAGAAUGUCAAUCUCCCUGGUGUCGUGGUUGAUCUCCCCACACUUACAGAGAAGGAUAAGGAAGACAUAUUGGGAUGGGGUGUACCCAACAAGAUAGAUAUGAUUGCCUUGUCAUUUGUGCGCAAGGGAUCUGAUCUUGUCAAUGUCCGACAGGUUCUUGGACCCCAUGCCAAGCGCAUACAGCUUAUGUCAAAGGUUGAGAACCAGGAGGGAGUGGUCAACUUUGACGAGAUCCUGCGUGAGACUGAUUCAUUCAUGGUUGCUCGUGGUGAUCUUGGAAUGGAAAUCCCAGUCGAGAAGAUCUUUCUUGCUCAGAAGAUGAUGAUCUACAAGUGCAACCUUGUGGGCAAGCCCGUGGUUACUGCCACCCAAAUGCUUGAAUCCAUGAUCAAGUCCCCCCGUCCCACUCGAGCAGAGGCCACUGAUGUUGCCAAUGCUGUCCUUGAUGGCACUGACUGCGUCAUGCUCAGCGGUGAGAGUGCAGCUGGAGCCUACCCGGAGCUUGCUGUGAAGAUAAUGGCCCGUAUAUGUGUUGAGGCAGAGUCCUCCCUCGAUUAUGGUGCCAUUUUCAAGGAAAUGAUUAGGUUAGCACCUCUACCAAUGAGCCCUCUGGAGAGUCUUGCCUCCUCAGCAGUCCGAACAGCCAACAAAGCCAAAGCAACCCUUAUUGUUGUGAUGACUCGUGGUGGGACGACAGCUAAGUUGGUAGCCAAGUACAGACCUGCAGUGCCAAUCCUUUCUGUUGUGGUCCCUGUUCUGACAACAGAUUCAUUUGACUGGACAUGCAGCGAUGAGACUCCAGCAAGGCAUAGCUUGGUAUACAGGGGUUUGAUCCCACUACUAGCUGAAGGAUCUGCAAAGGCAACUGAUGCAGAGUCCACAGAGGUGAUCCUAGAAGCUGCACUCAAGUCAGCAAUACAGAGGGGGCUAUGCAAGCCAGGUGAGGCAGUGGUAGCACUACAUCGUAUAGGAGCUGCCUCAGUCAUAAAGAUAUGCAUUGUGAAAUAAAAUGGAAGGCAAAGGCGUAGUAUAUUGUUGCUUCAAUUUUGGGAGAGCAAUUAUGUAGAGUUGUUUAGUUUAUGGUACCUUUUGUUUUUGUUGAAAAAACUGCUAUUAUAAUUCUUCCUGGCCUAAGUGGGCUGCAGCCUACAGGGAAUAUUUUUGAUUUAUACUUUGGUUUUUCUUUUCUGGUAAUAUGAUAUUCUUCCUUGGAUACAUUAUCAUUCAAGUAUGUGAUUUUGUUUGUCA